AGCGUGCGCCCGGUCGCGCCGCUGCCGCGGAAAUACUGGCUAUAUAUCCGGCACGGGCCGCCGAUGAGUGUGGCGGACCUGACGCAGCCUGCCCCGUCUCUGCUACCGGAAAAGGCGGAAGUUCUGCAGAACAUUGCGCAAACGCGGGUCACGCAGAAGGGAGAUGGCAAGGAGCAUAUCACAGCUGACACCCCGUUUUGGCGAAUCAAACGCCCAAAGCGAAAACCGAAGUGCCCCAUCGUCUGGGGCGGCCUGGUCGCUGGGAAAAGGUCCAGCGCUGAUCAGGCUGUUGGCGAAGGUGAACAAGCAGGAGCGACGAAACACGGUGGAGAAGAUACCCUGAUGGAUCUAGGCAGAGUUUCAGAUCGCGGCAGGAGGGCAUCAGAGGAGAAAAGUUCAGCUUCGUCUGCCACCGCCUCGUCGAGCAGUGGGCCAACGAAUAACCCCCUGUCGUUUUCGAAAGAGCUCGAUCUUGUGCGAGAGGAACGAACAAGAGCGUCACAUGCUGCUCCUGACAAAGCACCGGGAACAAGUUGUAAGGAACGAAGCCAGCUGCCCGACCCACAGCGUCCUCUACCGCACAAAGGCUCGCCGCAGCGCGGCGUGCUUGAUGUCUUGACGAUGCGCCAGAAUGACGAUGCUAGUGGUUGUACUACCCCUGAUGGCACAGAAGAUGUAGGAGAGGCGGAAAAUAAUCAGGAAAUCGGCAGCGCAGGUUCUACUGGUCGUGCUUCUAGCUGCGGAAAAAACCCAACGGCAAGCUGCUCUUCUACUGCGGGCGCACAAGAACAAGCACCCGCGCCUCCGGGCCGCGAAAGCGACGCGGGUCGGCUUCUCAUCCAGCAGCUCCGGGAAACUGCUGUGCAAUAUGAAAAAACCGGCAUCGAUCCAGAUCUCCUCGACAGUCUCGGCGCCGCGGUGAAGGGCAGUUUCUCUGCGGGUCUGGAAAAAGUGGAAAAGAAUCGAGCGCUGCGGAAUUUUGCGGAUGACUUUUCCACACUGGUAGCGGAGAACCGCGCCACCACAGAAAACCUGCAAACUCUUAUGCGAAGCCUGGUGGUACAAAACCGGGUGGUAGAAGCCUACGCGCUGCACGACCAAAUCAAAGCGUACGGCUUCUCGGUGGAUGCGAAUAUGAAUAUGUUCACCAGCUUGAUCCUUUCCGUGCUGCAGGAGGACGGGCUUGGCCCCGCUUUGCCAAACCCAGUAGCCGUGGUGGAUCAGGCUUGUGGAGAGGAAGAAGCAGAGGCACAGCACGGUGCUGCACAGGGUGCAGCUGGCCCUUUGUCCAGAGCUGCGAGCCUGUCGGAAAAUCAGCCGACCGAGCAACCGAGCCCGCCAGUAGAGUCAGAUGCGCUACAACUUCCCCUUAAGGCAGCGCGAGCCCGCGCCCUGUACUUGCACAUGCGGAACGACUUGAUUUCUCCCACAUCCAAGGUUUUUGGUGCAUUGAUGCACGUGCACUGUGCCUGCAACGAGCUGGAGAUGGCGGAAGCCUGGCUGCACAAGAUGGAGGAGGAGUGGCCGGACCUCGGCCCCAACCUCGUCCACUGGACGAUUUUGAUCGACGGAAUGGUGAAACAGGGCCAGAUUGCGAAAGCGUUUGAGAAGUUCCAGUCUCUCCGCACCUGGCAGAACCUGCAGCCGGACGAAGUGCUCUUCACCGUCAUGAUCAAAGCCUGUGGCUGCAACGAGGAGGCGGAAAGGGCACUGAACUUACUGGACGACUUGCGCACGAGUGGUUUGUACCCGACGGACAUUACGUACCGGGAACUGAUCCACGUGCUCGCCAAACGGCCGGACUUCGCCGCCAAGGCGUUUCAGUACAAGCAGCACUUGGAGGCCGAGGAUUUUCCGGUGCCAGUCGAAGUGUACGAGGAUUUACUACUCGCUGCCUCGCACCUCCAAAACAGCAAGCUGCGCGCCAACCACGUGCUAGCGGAAAUGCUGAAGAAGGACUUGACGCUCACCCCAAAGUGCUACGAGCACUUGCUGAAGGUUUUCGCCCGCGCCAUGUAUGUCGAGGUUCCGGGCGCAAGAACGUCAAGCGCGAGAAGCAAGCGGCAAGUUUCGCUUACGCAGCAGAAACUCGAGCAGGGCGCCCUGGCCCCAAUUCUACUGCCAGCACAGCGAUCCGCGAUGAGCUCCGGACCGACCAGCGCACAGCGACACCACCUGGAACCCCGACUACUUCCCCUCAAGGAGCGCAUGCUGAAUUUGCGACAGGCGUGGAUGAUCGUGCAACAGGCGAAGGAGCGGAAGGUGGAGAUGAGUACGGCCCUGCUCGAUGCAGUCCUGACGGUGUACGUGUCGGGCGGCUUUGACGGGUACGCGAUUGACAUGCUCCACGAGUACAGCGCGUUUGGCGCGCAGCCGAAGUUCGACACCUACCGCAUUCUACUGGAGAUGUUCCACGUAAAAAAGGACGUUGCGCGCUUUUUCAGCCUCUGGGACCUCGCGAUGGAGCACGAGGUGUGUGCGGACUAUCUUGCUAGUACAGUACCACAUCAUGAUAGUACUACAACCGCGACGAUGACAAGCGAAGAUCAAAGAGGACCACCGGGCGUGCUGACCUGCUGUUCUCCUGGUGUUCCCGAGCUUGCACGGGAAAAGGUCUCUUCGAUGUACCAUCUGGCGCUGGAGAACAGUGUUCUGACGCAGUCCAGUAGACGGUGUUGUUCUGUCCUGAAACAGAUGCACGCACAGCACGUCUUCCCCAGCCCGGCACUGAGCGGCCGCUUAGCGAAGGUCGGCCGGCACGUGUUGGAAAUCCACGAGUGGGUACAGAUAUCCUGUGCAAAAGUAUCGCACUCGUAGUAAUUGCAUUUAUGCAUUACAAAUCUCUCUUUCCCAAGGUAACUCAGCAUUACAAAUUCAAUUUGUAAUGCUGGGGGAAUUUGUAAUGCAAUUUGUACUAGUACGAUAUUUUUGCACAGGAUAACAGAAAUUCAUUGACCUGAACAAAACCGUCGUGUUCGAGCGGGUAGAAAGGGAUCGACUCGUGCUGGAUGCGGAAAUGUCCGAAUACAAACUGCGGGAAGCGCGGGACGGCCGCCGCGCGGGACAAGCGACGGCGGCGCAGUCGGCCAGAAAGGACAACUUCAAAACGCUGGCGUACAAGGGGCUGCUGUCGCGUCCGCGGCUGGAAAAGGGGGAAUACCUGAAACGGAAGCUAUGAAAGAAGAAAAAACUGCUUUGCUGCAGCUAAUGUUCGGAAUUUCCUUUGCAAAUAAGCAUGUGUCUGACUCUGAAGUUGUGCAACAGUGUUGCUGAAAGUGCAUUAUAGGCUCGUUCCUUUUCUGAAAAUCAAAAUGUACUAGCAGGUGGCAGUGGAUUGUCAGGCGAAACAGCACUUUUAUGCGGGAGAGAGAUAAUUAUUGCGUGAAACUGGAUCUGGAAGCUUCGCAGUGAGCCAGUUUUUUUGCCCGAUAGCAGGCUAAGGGCGGGGAAUACUGGGCAGCGCGGAUUGACCGAGGAGAGCCGGCCAGGGAGCUUCCGAUGUAGACGAGGAUGUCUGCAUUUUUGCCAAAAAUGUACGAGACCCAGAACUUCGGUGUCCAUUCGUUUACGCGCAGCCAAAUAGAGCAUCAAUAUUUGAGAUCGAGAAUACAUCCAUCCAUCGAUCGAAAAAUACGCUCUCCGUAGAUAUUUUCGCUUUCCGCCUUGGAAUUUACGCAUAUGAAAAAAGUUAAAGGUUGAGUACUAAAU